AUGGAAAGUGUUAGUGCUGAACCUGUUGGUGAAGUGGCUGCAAAGCGUCCUCGACUGGCGGGCUCUUCCAAGGGCUCCAAAAUAGUUGAGCCCCAACUGGCCAAGGUCGCCAAUCGGGUGCCCAAAUGUGCCCGCUGUCGCAACCAUGGGAUUAUUUCGGAGCUACGAGGACACAAGAAGCUCUGCACCUACAAGAACUGCAAGUGCGCCAAGUGCGUCCUGAUCUUCGAGAGGCAACGCAUCAUGGCCGCUCAGGUUGCCCUCAAGCGUCAGCAAGCGGUGGAGGAUGUGAUUGCUAUGCGCUUGGUGGCCAACAAAACGGGCCGAUCCAUCGAUGUCCUGCCGCCGGGCAACAUCUUUGGUCUGACCGUGACCCAGCCCAGUUCGCCGCAUCCUAGGAGGGAGGAUGACCAGCCGGAGAAGCCUCUGUCGGAGGAGCAGAAGCAGCUGGCUCCGCCGAAGGAGGAGGAGUACAACGAACCACCGGCGGUGGCCCAGGAUCUCAGUGCUCCCCGGCGGGAUAACGUCUCCCAAACGGCCAUCGACAUGCUGGCCCAGCUCUUUCCCCAGCGAAAGCGAUCUGUCCUGGAACUGGUCCUCAAGCGCUGCGAUCUCGACCUGAUCCGGGCCAUUGAGAACGUCUCGCCCACGGGCAGAGCCACGCCAGUGGAUGUCACCAGCAACCAUCAGGAGCCAGGAGUCUUGCCCAGUGUGCCGCAGACCACGCCCCCCAGGAGCAGCGCCUUCAGGCCUGUAAUUACUGAUCAGUACCAGAACAAAUCGAUGGUGGAGCUGAAGCCGCCGGUGUUUGGAAGCAGUGCGUCGGCGGCGGCUGCCGCCAUUUGUGCCUACCCCAAGUGGUUCGUGCCGCUCUCGUUUCCGGUGACCAUGGGCCACCUGUCCAACCUGGCACCGCGAUGCACCUUGCCCAACUGCGCCUGCCUGGACAGCUACCAGUUCCACUAG